AUGGUACGGGAUGUUGCGAGUCGCGCGUCCGAGCCAGAUCGGGAACGGGCCAUUGCUGACGGAGUCGACUGCCUACUGCGCACGACUCACAAGACAGAGUGUCCGCUCAGAGUGAUCGUCUCCGAGAAGGGCACGUGGCAAGACGAGGUCAGCAGCUAUCUGCAACGAUGCCUCGGCAAGCUGGACGUACAGGACCCGUUCUUGGUGCGCAGUUCGACAGACCUAGUACAAGAUCUAGCGCAAGUUCGCGAGUCCAUCGAGGCGUCGGGUGAAGUAGACUUCCAGAACUAUGCUGGGAUGAGUCUUGUGCUGGCCAUCGUCGCCGGAGUUGAUCCAGCGCUAGGACUUUAUAGUUCAUUGUAUCCGACGCUAGUCUACGUCAUCAUGGGAACUUCUCCCUUCGUUUCUAUGGGAAUGGUCCCCGUGUCGGCCCUCAUGACUGGAGCGGUCGUCCAGAAAUACAGUGUGGUCACAGAUAAUACAACUGUGACCGUAGACGCGGCCGACAACCUUUCCACGGAACGAUCUGCCGCUGAUGUGGCCGUUACGCUUACUUUAUUGACAGGUCUCAUUCAGGUUGCGAUGUGGAUACUACGGCUGGACCAAUUGGCAGUGAUCAUCUCACCUAUAACAGGCGAGGCUUUCCUCUCAGGCUGCUCUCUUGCCGUGAUCAUCAGUCAACUGCCGUCAGUAUUCGGCGUCGACGUCAAGCCUACGCAGGGUGUCUUCGGCGCACCUCUGACGUUGUACCACGUGUCAAGGACCAUCCCGCAAAGUAACAUUGCGACAUCGCUACUCUCGCUGGCAUCGUUCGUGGUGCUGUUACUGGCGAAGGGAGUCGUCGCUCGCAAGAUGAGGCGCUUUACAGCGUUUCCCUUGCCGUCAGAUCUGCUCUUGGUGAGUCGUGGCGCCACUCUUUCUUCUCAUUUUCUCGAACUCGACACAAAGCAUGACGUCAGAGUGGUUGGACACAUCAAGUCAGGGUUCCCCUUGCCCACUGUGCCGUCCAUGAACCAUUGGGUUUCACUGUUACCUGAUGCGGCAGCCAUCGCCAUUGUCCAGUUUGUCGUUACAUACGCAAUGGCGGAAUUAUUCGGCCGAAAGCGACGGCUCAAAACAGACGCCAGUCAGGAGAUGUUGGCGUAUGGCAUGAGCGGUGUUGUCGGUUCGUUCUUUCUGUGCCUGCCGGCUGGUUCAUCCCUCUCAAGAUCAGUCGUCCUCAAAGAUGUCGGCUCAAUGACUCAGGUGUCUGGCCUUGUCUCAAGCGUGUUCGUCGCACUGACGCUGUACGCCUUUGCAUCUCUAUUCCGACCGGUGCCUGAGUGCGUCCUCGCUGUGCUUAUCAUAGUUCUCCUACUUCCAAUGGUAUUCAAGCUGCGAAACCUUCCCAAGCUUUGGAUGAUUAGCAGAUUUGAUUUCGUCCUUUGGUCACUGGGUUUUGUGAGUGUGGUUUUCUUGAAUGCCACCUAUGGACUCAUGGUGGGCAUUCUUCUGGGGCUGCUUACCGUCUUCCUAGAGCUCAGCCGGUAA